AUGAAGUCGUCAUGUAACGCCACCCAGAACAUCCCCCCAGGUAACGCCACCCAGAACAUCCCCCCAGGUAACGCCACCCAGAACAUUCCCCCAGGUAACGCCACCCAGAACACCCCCCCAGGUAACGCCACCCAGAACACCCCCCAGGUAACGCCACCCAGAACACUCCCCCCAGGUAACGCCACCCAGAACACCCCCCCAGGUAACGCCACCCAGAACAUCCCCCCAGGUAACGCCACCCAGAACAUUCCCCCAGGUAACGCCACCCAGAACAUCCCCCCAGGUAACGCCACCCAGAACACUCCCCACCCAGAACACCCCCCAGGUAACGCCACCCAGAACACUCCCCCAGGUAACGCCACCCAGAACACUCCCCCAGGUAACGCCACCCAGAACAUCCCCCCCAGAACACCCCCCACCCAGAACAUCCCCCCAGGUAACGCCACCCAGAACAUCCCCCCAGGUAACGCCACCCAGAACAUUCCCCCAGGUAACGCCACCCAGAACACUCCCCAGGUAACGCCACCCAGAACACCCCCAGGUAACGCCACCCAGAACAUUCCCACCCAGAACACCCCCCCAGGUAACGCCACCCAGAACAUUCCCCCAGGUAACGCCACCCAGAACAUCCCCCCAGGUAACGCCACCCAGAACACCCCCCAGGUAACGCCACCCAGAACAUCCCCCCAGGUAACGCCACCCAGAACACCCCCAGGUAACGCCACCCAGAACAUCCCCCCAGGUAACGCCACCCAGAACAUCCCCCCAGGUAACGCCACCCAGAACAUCCCCCCAGGUAACGCCACCCAGAACACUCCACCAGGUAACGCCACCCAGAACACCCCCCCAGGUAACGCCACCCAGAACAUCCCACCAGGUAACGCCACCCAGAACACCCCCCAGAAAGCAGUUUGGUCUCGUCAGUCAGAAUUAUGA